GGAAAAAUUGAAUAUGGAUCUUGUGGAGUUUAGAUGGUUUAUUGCCAUAGGCCGUAGCUAAUUUAACACGGUGUUACUAUGUUGUGCUCUUAAGCUUUUUAUGUGUACGGGCUUAUACAUGUCUAUGAUUUACGUAGUAUAGGACAAAGACUCCCCCAAUCAGAAGCCACCUUUCUUUUGGAUCAGGCCUGCAUUUGUGUAAAUGGACCCAAGAAAAUGCACAAUUACACAAAAAACAAUACAGUAGUUCUGAUAGCGUGCUUUUUCUACUAUGACAGGUGAAUUAGGUUUGAGGAGUAGAAUAUUUUUUGACAUCCUGCGAAUCAUAUGAACCAACUUUGGAUGUGUUCAUGGAUGAAUUGACAUGGGAUUGCCUUUGCCUAGAGGAUAGGCAAUUGUGUAGGGUACAAGUCUUAACCUAGGACUUUAAUCUUGGAAUAAGAGGUAAUACACUAAUAACUUGUGGGAGAUUAUUUUCGUUAGCAGAAGACUUUGAACUAAGAAUCUUGGAAUACUGAAAUCCAGGAUAAAUGGUUUCCCAUUGCUUGCCAUGGAAGUUUACCUCUUCUCUAAAGAAACCUCAUAAAGUAAUACCUCCAUAUUUCCCUCAUAUACCUGAACGAAUUGUGUUACAGGCACUGUGCUGCUGCAACAGAUUGAUCAUCAUAGUUUCCAAUGGAGGGAGAAGAAGAGAGCAAGCAAUCAGAUCCGCGGAGCUUAAUCCCUUUCUCCGAGCUCAACCAAGUCAGCUCGGAUUUCAUUCUAGCCAUGACUAUGCACGAACAAGAGCACGCAUACAGGAUGCUCGAAACAAUUGAAAGUGAAAGCGAAGAAGAAGAUGAAGAAGAUGAUGAUGAUGAUCAAAUUCAUGAUGUCGACGAUGAUACUUCUUCCUCUGAGGAAUUCUAUCAUCAAGAUGAUGCUGAUUUCUUUGAUCUUCUCGGUGACGAUAAUGGAAGCGACAGUGACCAAGAAAUGGAGGAAGAUGACUUUGGUGAUCUGGACGUGGAUGAACUAACUUAUGAGGAAUUGUUAGCACUUGGAGAGUUCAUAGGGGAACAGAAAAGAGGUCUGCCCAGCAAUGAAAUCUCUACAUGUUUGCAUCCCCACACAUACAAAUUGUCUCCAAUUUAUCAGAGCAAGAAUAGCAUUAUUGAUAAGUGUGUGGUAUGUCAGUAUGAGUAUGAAGAUGGUGAGGCUUUGGCUGCAUUGCCUUGUGAACACCCUUAUCAUUUGGAGUGUAUAAGCAACUGGCUUCAGAUUAAAAAGUGUUGCCCUAUUUGCAGCACAGAAGUUUCAUCAUCAUCCAAAACCAAAAUUGUAUAGCUGUCUGUUAGGAUUAUGAAUUUCAUUAUUUAUUGGCUCUGAUUGUAUACUUGUCAAUGCAUGUACAAGAUGUCUGUUCCUCACCCUAUGCAAAAAAUAAAAAUGAUAGCUUAUACUUUACCUACAAUCCAGGCAUCUAAUCUGAGAUUGUUCUGUAACUCUAUUUGUACAGACAACACCACGCAGCCUAGUAUAAU